AUGUCGUCGUCAGACAAUGGUCUUAGUGAAGCCGAGAAGGGAGUUCCAGCGUCCAAUACCAUUUAUCCGACUGAGACCAGCAGAGAGCGCGAGCUUCACGAAUUCAAGGAUACCGAAGGUUACGAUGUCAAUGUAGAAGACGGCGGACGAGGCGGCAGCAUCAAGCUUGCCAAAGACGGCCACACCAGGCUGAUUCCACAGCCGAGCGACGAUCCCAAUGAUCCCCUCAACUGGUCCUCGCGCAAGAAGAAUCUAUGCCUGUUUAUCGUGGCGGCCACUGCGCUGCUGCCGGAUUACGGUUCGGCCACGGGCGCCGUGACUCUUUUGCCUCAGGCAGUUCAAUGGAACAUGACCGAAGAUGAGGUCAAUCAUUCGCAAGCCGGCAACGUCUUUAUGCUUGGCGCUGGAGGAAUAGCCACCGUCAUGCUGAGUGCUUACUUUGGUCGUCUACCUGUCAUGUUCUACUUUCUCAUUGUCGCCUUGGCCACGGCAAUCUGGUGCGCUGCUGCCACCACCUUUGACUCGUUCAUGGGCGCCCGCAUUCUCAAUGGAUUCUUUUCCACGUGUGCGCAGGCGGCUGGCAUGAUGUUUAUCCAAGACAUGUUCUUCUUUCAUGAGAGAGCUCGAAAGAUCAACAUUUGGGCAUCGUUCUUCGUCAUCAGCCCCUACAUCGGACCCCUGUUUGCCGCAUUCAUGGUCGCCACCAAGCCGUGGCCGACACCUUUCUGGGUGUACGUUGCCGAGACUGGUCUCUGCUUGAUUCUCACCAUCUUGUUCUUGGAAGAGACAUUCUACGAUCGAAGAAUACCACAGGCGGAGCAGCCUCCCAGGGGCAGCCGACCAUCCCGCCUUUUGGGUGUUGCACAGUUCCGAUCAAGACAUCUCAGAAACAGCUUUGGGCAGGCAUGCAUGCGCAUCGUCCAUGUAAUUCUGAAGCCUACAGUCAUUAUUUCAAACUUUUACUAUCUAAUGACAUUUGCCUGGGUCGUCGGCAUCAACACGACCCUGUCCAUCUUCCUCGGCCCCGUCUACGGCUUUGGGCUCAACCAGAUUGGCUUCUUCUACUUUACCCCCGUCAUCGCCGUCAUCCUCGGCGAGGUGGCGGGCCACUACCUGCACGACGUGCUCGCCAACGCCUACAUCCGCCGGCACGGGGGCCGCUUCGAGCCCGAGGCCCGGCUGCACGCCAUUGGGCUGGCCCUGCCCUUUCUCGUCGUCGGCCUCGUGGUCCUCGGCCAGGCCCUGCAGAACCAGUGGCACUACAUGGUCGCCUCGGUGGCCUGGGGCCUGUACGUCUUUGGCAUCAUGAUUACUACUGUUGCCAUUUCCUCGUACAACCUCGACAGCUACCCCGAGGCCUCGGGCGAGGUCUCGGCCUGGCUCAACAACUCGCGCACCCUGGGCGGCUUCAUCAUUAGCUACUUUCAGGUCACUUGGGCCAAUGCCCAGGGCACCAAGAUUAGCUUUGGUGUGCAGGCGGCUAUUUGUGCGGGAGCUUAUUUGCUGGUGCUCCUAUUGCUCUGGAAGGGCAAGCAGCUGAGACUCUGGGCUGGUCCGCUGCACUUUGCGACUUCCUAG